UUGGCGUGAGUGAUGGCGGCUAGAAGCAGAAUUCAGGCGUUGCUCAAAUCCGCCAACCGUUUCCUUGUUCCGGCAAAUUCCAGGUUAAGUAGUCCUCUCAAAUCACUUUUUGCUUCAUCAUCCCGUAGUCUCUAUUAUCGCCAUCGCCGGUCUAGAUGUAUGGAUCUUGAAUUCCUUAGUGAUGCCUACUACGCCUUUUAUAACUUGUUAGAAUUUGAUGCCUACUACGCCUUUCCAUACUCCUUACCGCCCCGAGGGCCUCCCCCAUCCGUUGUAGAGUUUAAUAACUUGUUGGAUAUUGUUACCAAGUUGAAAUACUAUUCUCAUGUCUUUGAGAUGUUCCAUCGAAUGUGUGACCAUCGUUUUCCUGUUGACGAGCACACCAUAAGUAUCCUCACCAAAUGCUAUUCUGGAGUGUAUGAAACUGAAAAUGUUUUCAUUCUUUUAGGCUUUUGCUUGAGGCGAGAUAUUCAACUUUCUCUCGCUACUUAUAAUACAAUAUUAAGUGAAUUCAUCAAAGGAGAUGCCACUCAUAAGGCAGAAAAGUUAUUCAAAAAGUUCAUCAAAAACAAAUUCCUUGAACCCAAUAAAUCAACAUACAACACGAUGAUUAGGGGUCUUUGCAAGAUCGGAAAUCACUUUAAAGCCAUUGCUUUGCUUAGGCUAAUGGAUGGAAGAGGUUUUAAUAAUAAUUUGGUUGCGUAUAACACCAUCAUUGAUAGUCUGUGCAAAGACAUGAUGAUAGAUGAUGCUUUCAGACUCUUUGACGAAAUGAAAUUUCGCAGAGGGAUCCGUCCUAAUGUCUUCACAUACAACUCUUUGCUUUAUGCCCUUUCCAUGUCUGGUCGUUGGAAGACCGUCUGUCGGAUUCUAAAGGAAAUGCACGAUGAAGAGAUCACCAUACAUUGGACAACCUUUAAUCUUUUAAUUAAAGCACUCUGCAAACAGGGCAAGAUGGAAGAAGCAGAGAUUGUUGACUUCAUGAUGGUUUAUAUUGUUGAUCGGGGAUGUUGUCGUAACGUAGAGACAUACACUUCACUUGUUGAUGGUUAUUGUUUGAACGGCGAGUUGAACAGGGCAAUGUCAACUCUGGAAUCCAUGGAGCGUGACCAACUCUAUCCUACUCUUCAUAUUUAUAACAGGUUACUGGAUAGCGGUAGCAAUCUAGAUGAUAUGAACUUCUGGUCCUAUAAGCGUGACCUUGAUUCUAUGUAUGCUAGGGCAGGUUUGAAAAUCAGAGAAAACAGUGUCACCCAUUACAUCUGGGAUAGGGAACGAAUGGAAAAACCUUCUGAUAAGAUGAAACUGCUGAUGCAGGAUCAAAAGUAUUCCGUUUACAUAUUAUCUUUAAUGGAUCAUUGCGGCAAGUAUGAAGUGGACGCUGCACUCGAUCUGUUCUACUAUAUGAAUGGCAAAGAACUAAAUCUAAACGUUGACGUGUACAAUAUCCUCAUUGAUGUUUCAAGAAUAUGUGGGAGGUUUGAUAUUUCAAGGAGUCUUUUCCAUGACCUCAUUGUUAAAGGUUUGGAACCUAAUCUAGAUACAUACAUGUUGAUGAUUCGAGGUUUUUGUGAGCAAGGUCUACUUAAAGACGCAAAAAAACUGUUUCUUAAAAUGGAAAAGUGUGGUUUGCAGCCAAAGAGUAGCAUCAAUGAUGAUGAUAUUAUCCAAGAAUAUACCGGAACCAAGCCCAUUGAUCACAUGACAAAGCUAUUCAUUGAAAUGAAGAGAAGAGGAUAUAGUAAGAGAGUUGACAAUUGCUGCAAAUUUGUCGCCAGCUUCUCAUCAACAUCACCCUCAGCGUCAAAGAACCUCUAUGACACGCACGUCGGAAUAUAGUUAAGUGGGCUUAGGGAAACCAAUUGAUGACAUGAUUCAGUUAUGUGUGUUACACACGGAGAUUACCUGGCUCAGAGCGGCUAAACAACUUUUCGUCUCAGUUACGCUAAGCCUUCGGUUUCCUUUGAUGCAACCUGAUUGUAACAUUACAAUGCUGGUGGGUUUAGAUACAUUAGAGAUAAGAGUAAUUACAUAAUUA